CACCUGCCAGGCAGCGCACUCACUCCGACUCCGCUCGGUGGGCGGGCGUGUCAGAUCGCAUUUCUUGGACGUUCGCGCCUCCUCACGUGGCCUGGACUUGCGGUUUUAGAGUACGUUGUGGUCAUGUCACGGAUUGCCAGCAGCUAUGUGCGCUCCCAGUUGCGGGGAAUAAAUGUUCGCUUUUGGUACUACGGUUUCCCCAGGUGUCUUUUUCGGAGCUUCAGCGCGUCUGCCCCUGAAAACUCCACGGGGCAAAGCAGAAACAACCACCAUCCUGCAAAGAGAUGGAAAGACAAGGCAGAAACUGUGAUCAUCGGUGGAGGAUGCGUGGGCGUUAGUGUGGCAUAUCAUCUGGCCAAGUCUGGCAUGAAGGAUGUAGUCCUGUUGGAGAAGUCAGAACUUACUGCUGGCUCAACAUGGCAUGCAGCUGGAUUAACAGCAUAUUAUCAUCCUGGAAUAAAUCUGAAGAAAGUCCACUACUACAGCAUUAAACUCUAUGAAUCGCUGGAGCAGGAGACUGGCCAGGCUGUUGGUUUCCAUCAGCCAGGCAGUAUUCGUAUUGCUUCUACACCAUCAAGAGUGGAUGAACUAAAAUACCAGAUGACGCGCACUCACUGGCACCCAACGCCUCAGUUUCUUAUUACUCCUGAAAAAGUCCAGGAACUUUUUCCACUUCUUAAUAUGGACAAGGUGCUAGCUGGCCUGUAUAACCCAGGAGACGGCCACAUCGAUCCCUACUCUCUAACUAUGGCUUUAGCAGCAGGAGCUCGACUGUACGGGGCGGAAAUCUAUUAUCCUGCACCUGUAACUGGUCUAAGGCCAACUGAAGAUGGAAAAUGGGACAUAGAAACAUCGCAAGGGACAAUAAGAGCUGACCGCAUUGUUAAUGCUACAGGAUUUUGGGCACGUGAAGUUGGAAAGCUCAUUGGAUUUGAACACCCUCUCAUUCCUGUGCAUCAUCAAUAUGUUGUAACUGCUACUGUUCCUGCUGUGAAAGCCCUGAAGACUGAACUUCCUGUAAUUCGAGAUCUUGAGGGGUCAUACUACCUCAGGCAGGAGCGUGAUGGCUUGCUUUUUGGGCCAUAUGAAAAGCAAGAAAAAAUGAAGCUACAGGAGUCUUGGGUAACAGAUGGUGUUCCACCAGGCUUUGGAAAAGAGCUUUUUGAAUCAGAUUUGGAUAGAAUUAUGGAACACGUGGAAGCUGCCAUAGACAUGGUGCCGGUACUAAAGGAUGCUGACAUCAUAAAUAUAGUGUCAGGCCCAAUCACUUAUACUCCAGAUCUCCUGCCAAUGGUUGGGCCACACCAAGGUGUCAGGAACUAUUGGGUGGCUGUAGGCUUUGGAUAUGGCAUUAUUCAUGCUGGAGGCAUGGGAAAAUUCUUAAGUGAUUGGAUUAUGAAUGGAGAACCUUCCUAUGACUUGAUAGAAGUCGACCCCAAUCGCUAUGGCAAGUGGACUACAACCAAAUAUACUGCUGCUAAAGCAAGAGAGUCAUACGGGUUUAACAAUAUAGUUGGAUAUCCCAAAGAAGAGCGUUUUGCUGGAAGACCUACAACAAGAGUGAGUGGGAUAUAUGAAAUGCUGAAAUCUAGUGCAUCUAUGGGAUUCCAUGCAGGGUGGGAGCAGCCGCACUGGUUUUACAAACCCGGAGAUGAAACAGGCUACCGACCUAGCUUCCGUCGAACAAACUGGUUUGAACCUGUGGGCAGGGAAUGCAAACUUGUAAUGGAAAAGGUGGGCGUCAUUGAUCUCACACCAUUUGGGAAGUUCCUGAUCAAAGGAGCAGACUCCAAAAGGUUGCUGGAUAGGCUUCUGGCCAAUGUUCUACCAAAGGUAGGUUCUACAAACAUCAGUCACAUGCUGACACCAAGAGGCCGUGUUUAUUCCGAGGUCACUGUGACUCAGUUGUCUGACGGAGAGUUUUUGUUGGUGACAGGCUCAGGAUCUGAGCUUCACGACCUCAGGUGGAUUGAACAGAAGGCAAUAGAUGGAGCAUAUAACGUGGAGAUUAAAAAUGUAACAGAUGAAAUGGGAGUACUUGGUGUGACUGGGCCAAAUGCUCGAUUAGUCCUCCAGAAGCUGACCACAGAGGACCUAAGUGACUCUACUUUUAAAUUCCUGCACUGUCGACCACUAACACUGGCUGGUACUUCAGUCACAGCCAUUAGAAUAUCAUACACAGGAGAACUUGGCUGGGAGCUGUAUCAUAGACGUCAAGAUACUGCCACACUUUACCGGAACAUCAUGGAAGCAGGACAAGAUGCAGGGAUUGAUAACUUUGGAACAUAUGCAAUGAACUCUCUACGCUUAGAGAAAGGUUUCAGAGCUUGGGGUGCAGAGAUGAAUUGUGACACAAACCCUUUAGAAGCUGGCUUGGAUUACUUUAUCAAAUUAAAUAAGCCUACAGAUUUCAUUGGGAAGCAGGCACUGCUAGACAUUAAAGCUAAGGGUCUGUGGCGUAAGCUGGCUUAUCUCACAUUGCAGACGGACAACAUUGAUCCAGAAGGAAAUGAAACAGUGUGGUACAACGGAAAGGUUGUAGGAAACACAACGUCUGGGGCCUACAGUUACACCACCAAACAGAGCAUCGCCUUUGCCUACAUCCCAACAGAGCUUAAUAAUAUUGGACAGAUGGUGGAUAUUGAACUUUUGGGUCAUAAUUACCGCGCCACCAUUACUCAGGAACCAUUGAUUCUGACUGAGCCGACGAGAACACGUGCAAAGAAAAAAGCUGAUGGAAAAUGACCGGCAUCAAGUGAACCAAAGAGGUGCAAGAAAUUUGUCAAUUUCAAUAGACUAUCGUCUUCAAACUAAUUAAUAAAUGUAAGCACAGGGCUGAAGACCCGUUCCUUUCUAUGAAAAUAAAAAUGACCAAUUAUUCAUCA